AUGUCGGCCAUCGCGAAGGAGUUCAAGGGGCUCACGACGAAAGAUAUUGUGACGUGGCACCGCCCCAUCGCGUCUGCCAUCAUUUUUUCCUCCUUCUUUACCAUAUGGGCCAUCUUCGUCUUUGCCGAGUACACACUGACAACGUUUUUGUCUCGCAUUGUCUCCAUUCUCCUCAUCGCUGGUGCUGCCGCUGCCGUGACGAAGCGCACCAUCGUGACGUUGCCCAAGGAUGUGACUGCUAGCAUGGACCGUGCUUACGAGUCUGUGCGCCCGUGCGUGACGAAGUUGGUGGACAGCACGAUCUCCCUUUUCACAUGGCGCGACUACGCGGCGUCCGCCAAGUUCUUCAUGACCACCCUUGUGAUGGCCUUCCUCGGCAACUGGAUGAGCGACACGACGCUGAUGCUAGUCAUCCUUAUCGUUGCCUUUACGGCCCCGGUGGCAUACGAAAAGAAGCAGAACGAGAUCGAACGCGCAGUUCAGCAGGUGCGCGCCUACGCUGACAAGUAUCUCGGCAUGAUCAAGACUCACGCAGAGUCCAAGAAGUCGUCGGUGGAGCAGCAGCUUCAGGAUAUGGAGCGCAAAGCCCAGUAG